AUGGCAGACUCUGGUUCAUCAGCCGCACCACAGGGACUGCAGGCUUCAUCGCAUGGAUCCCAAUCUCAGAUCCACAUCCAUCACCACCACCACUAUCACCGCAGAUCGGCCAGCGAGGGCAUCUCGCAGGCAAAAAGAGAUCAGGCAGAAGAGGGUGGUAAAAAAUCGUCAUACCAGUCACUCAAAUCACUUACGCUCCGCAAUCUGGAUGCAAAACAACACUUUCUGAUCGCAGUUUGCAGAGACGUAUCAUUACUCCCUCCUCUGCUGUCGUUAGCACGGGCUUUGAAAAAAGCAUGGGAACUGUCGUACCGCUCAGAACGGUUGCAAGUCGGACUUUCUCGCGUGUUGCACAAGCAGCAAUCUUUGGCCCUUCAAAAGACGCAGGCGUCUUCUACGGGGGUUGACUCCGAUCUGAUGUCGCAGCUGAUCGUGGCACGAUCGUCAGAAUACCUUUUGUGUUCGCUGUGGUGCAUCGUCUCCGCAUAUUUGACGUAUGCAAUAUUGGACUCGUUGAUGGUGCGAUGGAUCGUGAAAUAUUCAACGGUCGCCGCGAUUCUACGGAUGUUUUCGAUGUCCCUGUUGAUUGUCACACUCGAAAUGCUGCUGUUAUCAUCCUUGUCGCCCAAAGGUGAUUACUUACUCCACACGUGGAUCCUCAUCAGUUGCAUGCUCACAGGCGCGUACAUCUGGCAAAGUUUUUUGACCUCAGAUCUCAAUUACGUCGAGCAAGAACCUUCUCAGGCAUUUAAGUCUGCGUCUAGUAUCGGAGGUGCCACCCCCGCUGGCUCACUACGUUCUAGCUCGUCUUCUUCGUCCCUAUCAGGUCAGGUCACGUGCACUACUACCACCAACACCACUCCGACACCAUCGUCAUCUUCACCUUCCGAUAAUCGCAAACGCAGACGUGGUUCCCGGUACUUGCGACUCACAAAAAAUCGCCAAAUUCAUCUUUACAACAUCACUGUAUUCUGCGUGGUCCCCGUCGGGCUUGCCAGUUUCAUCACUAUGGUUGGACUACUGCGAAAUUUGGUAAUUCAGCGGCUGGACUUGGAGCAACUAGAGCAUUUGAUUUCGCGUAAUUAUUCAGAAUAG